AAGAAAAUAAAUAUUAUGUUAGAUGAGAUUGAAAAAAACACCAUGAAAGAGCUAGAUGAUAAAAUAGCCAGUCUAAAAGCUUCUCUCAAGACUGAUUUGGACAAUUGCUGCAAGCUUAAAAAUGAACUUAAACGUCUCAGUGACACAAUACAUGACAUUGUUAAUAAGGGCAAAGCGGAACUUUCAUUUAUUGCUGGUAAGAAAUGUCUGGAAAAAAUUAAUGAGUCUAAAACAUAUCUGAAGAAGAAGUCAGUUCAGGUAAAAAGCAUACUUACAUUCCAGGCUGACAUUGAUAUUGAACAGCUCUUCUCUAAACUGUCAUGUUUGGGGAGGAUUGUGGCAAGUGACCUAGACCAUGUAUUCACUGUGCAAGGGCUGUCAGAGUAUGAUGUGGGAAUACCAAAUGAUUCAAGUAGCUGUGGUAUCUGGUCCAUCUGUGUUCUCUCGAAUGAUCAAAUCCUUCUUGCAGAUUUAAUAAUAAAGGGCUUAAGUUGCUAAAUCCACAGUACCAGGUGGUGGGACAUUGCAAAUUAACUGCUUCUAUAUGUGACAUGUGUGUUAUCACUCCAAGUGAAGAAGCUGUAAUUGUGGAUUUGUAUGAGACACAUGAGGUCCAGUUUGUCUCAGUGAAUGGUGGGCAGCUGGUUAAAGGCAGGAAGUUACAGUUUCAACAUGAAUGCAAGGGUAUUGCACAUAAUCAGGAAGACCUGUAUCUCACCUCUAACACUGCACUUUACAAGUAUUCAAUGAAUGGAGACCUGGAGAAUAAGCUUUAUGAGGAUUCCACAGGUGAUUAUACAGUAUAUAAGUGUACAGUGAGUCCAUCAGGUGCCAAGAUAUUUGUCACUAACAAUGACCAUAACAAAGUCCUCACCCUGGCCAGAGAUGAAGCACUACUCUGCACCUUCACAGACCCAGACCUGCAAUCCCCAUGUGGUAUAAACGUGACAGCUCAGGGACAGGUGCUGGUCUGUGGAGAGUUAUCCAAGACUCUCCUACAGCUGGAUGGUGAAGGCAGGAAGAAGCUGGCAACUCUUGCUACCAGCAGAGAUGGACUUAAUUUCCCACGGUCUGUCUGCUACAACAGGAGCACAGCCUCAAUUAUUGUGGGAAAUAGUUUUGGCAGAAAAAUCCUGGUGUUUAAAGUAUAUUUUUGUUGAACAAGUUGCAGUACAAACAUUUUGGGACAUGUACUUUCAACAUGGAUUCUUGGCAACACCAAACUCAUAUUCAGUUACAUAACUAAUGAUUUAUUGCGUUUCUUUAUAUUAUCAAAUCAUGAAUAUGUCUGCAAAAGUAAAUUAAUAAUAAAUUUUUUGGCAGCAUGUGUUCUUUUUUAGUGAUUUUUUUAAUUGCAUUAUGUCACUGGAUGAUUUAUUGUGUUUCCACACAAUUUAAACACAUACAUGCACGUACAUGAU